AUGCCUAAGACACAACCCAACCUAUACGCUUUCCCGGGCGUCGAUGCCCUCGCGCAAGCUCUGCGAGCCUAUGUUAUCCAGAGCCAAAACGCUGGUAUUGAGAGACAUGGCGCCUUCAAGGUUGCCGUAUCUGGUGGCUCGCUCCCCAAGACUCUGGCUGCAGCCCUCCUGGCCCCCUCCUCUGGUCCCGCAGACGUGGUCGACUUCCCCAAGUGGGAGAUCUUCUUCGCCGACGAGCGCGCCGUGCCCUUGGACCACGCAGACUCCAACUACGCCCUCCUCAAGGCCGAACUGCUCGAUAAGCUGCCCGCCGACCAGCAGCCCUCCGCCGUGCACGCAAUCAACACCGAGUAUCUCAACGACACUCAGGAGCUCGCCGACCAGUACGAGCAGACCCUAGUUAGCAGCUUUGCCUCGCGCGACUCUGUGCGCCUGCCCAUCUUCGACCUCCUCCUGCUCGGCUGCGGACCCGACGGCCACACCUGCUCCCUCUUCCCCAACCACGAGCUGCUGCGCGAAACCGACGCCUGGGUCGCACCAAUCGAGGAUUCGCCCAAGCCGCCUCCUAAGCGAAUCACCUUGACCCUUCCCGUCGUUACACACGCCGUCCGCGUUGCUUUCGUCGCCACCGGCGCCGGCAAGAGCACAAUCAUGAAGGAAAUCUUUGACACGAGCUCUGGACUGCCCUGCACCCUCGUCAACGAAGCCGCGGGAGACCGAUGCAGCUGGUUCGUCGACGAGCCUGCCAUUGAAGGCGUUAGCUUCCCCCGGAGAGCAUUCUUGUAA